AUGAACUCCGAAAAUAAUACGAAGAAACGAGAGAAGAAGGAUACUGAGCUACCACUAUUCAGUUAUGAGAGUGUAUUAGCUGCAACAAAUAAUUUCUCAGCUGUGAAUAAACUUGGAGAAGGAGGUUUUGGACCUGUCUAUAAGGGAAAAUUACUAAGAGGACAAGAAAUUGCAGUGAAAAUGCUUUCAAAAAGAUCUGGACAGGGAAUUGAGGAGUUCAGAAAUGAGACAAUACUAAUUGCAAAACUCCAGCAUAAAAAUCUUGUCAGACUCUUAGGUUGUUGUAUCGAGAGAGAUGAAAAGAUAUUAAUAUAUGAGUACAUGCCAAAUAAAAGUUUGGACUUCCACCUUUUUGAUCCAAUCAAGAAAAAAAUGUUAGGCUGGGAGACACGCAUACAUAUUAUUGAAGGGAUCGCUCAAGGGCUUCUUUAUCUUCAUCAAUAUUCAAGAUUACGAAUCAUACAUAGAGAUCUAAAACCGAGUAAUAUUCUCUUGGAUAGUGAAAUGAAACCAAAAAUAUCAGAUUUUGGCAUGGCUAGAAUAGUUGGAGGCAAUGAAACACAAGCAAACACAAAACGAAUUGUUGGAACUUAUGGGUACAUGUCUCCUGAAUAUGCUAUCAAGGGUCUAUACUCAAUAAAAUCUGAUGUGUUUAGCUUUGGAGUAUUGCUACUAGAGAUUGUGAUUGGCCGGAAGAAUACUGACUUCUCUAAUAGUGAUUCACUCAAUCUUCUUAGUUAUGUUUGGGAGUUGUGGAGAAAUGGUCAAAGUUUGGAGUUGACGGAUUCAACAACAGGAAAUCCUUCAUCUACUUCUAUUCUAUCAAGAUUCAUAAACAUCGGGCUUCUUUGUGUACAAGAAAGCUCCAUUGAUCGACCUACCAUGGUUGAUGUAGUCUCAUUUAUUAGCAAUGAAUAUGCACCUAUACCUAUACCAAAGCCUCCAGCUUUUCGCAUAGACCGAAAUACAACGGUUGUCAAUGUAGAAAAUUGCUCAAGAAACAAUAUAACUGUUUCAAUAAUGGAAGCUCGAUAG